AUGUCUGUUCUCUGCAUUAUACACAAGAAGUGUUAUUUUCUAGUGGAGUUCGUAUUCACUUUUUGUGAGUACGCUUGGUUAAGCAUCACUUCCACGUUUCGUUUGCCUUGGCAGAUAGGCAACAUACCUUCUUUUUCCUCUAUGGAAAUCCUUUGGGAAUAUCAAACCAUUAUCCGCCAAAUCUUGAAUGCUACGUACGACAAAACAUUAGAGAAAUUUGAGUCAGAUUUGGGAACAAAGCUAGAGCCUGAAGCAGCAGUGGUGUUUGAUUGGCCCUCAUUUUCUGCAACAACAAAAUUAAAUAGAACAAGACUGAAUCUAGAGUCUCCUAAAAUGCGAAAAACUAAAUCAGAAAAACCCCAGUAA